UCCCCCGUCUAGCCAUGGCGUCCUCCUCCCGCCACGAACACCAAGGCCAAGAGGAAGAAGAAGAUCAAGAGCACCAAGAACACCACGGCCAUGGCCAUGAGAUCACCUCCCCACUCCUGCGGCCACCGCCGUCAACCUCACGGACCUCACCGGAGCCCCAAGAGGAGGAGAACUCGCCGAUCGAGCAGGUGGCGCUGACGGUGCCGGUGGGCGACGACCCGGACACCCCCGUGCUCACCUUCCGGAUGUGGGUGCUCGGCACGGCAUCCUGCUGCGUGCUCUCCUUCCUCAACCAGUUCUUCUGGUACCGCAAGGAGCCGCUCACCAUCACCGCCAUCUCUGCUCAGAUCGCGGUCGUGCCGCUCGGCCACCUCAUGGCGGCGGCGCUUCCCGAGCGCGCCUUCUUCCGCGGCAGGCCGUACGAGUUCACCCUCAACCCGGGGCCAUUCAACGUGAAGGAGCACGUGCUGAUCACCAUCUUCGCCAACGCUGGCGCCGGCACUGUCUACGCCAUACACAUCGUCACCGCCGUCCGCGUGUUCUACGGCAAGCAGCUCACCUUCUUCGUCUCCCUCCUCAUCGUCCUCACCACCCAGGUGCUCGGCUUUGGCUGGGCAGGCAUAUUCCGGCGGUACCUUGUAGAGCCGGCCACCAUGUGGUGGCCGUCCAACCUCGUCCAGGUCUCCCUCUUCAGGGCACUUCAUGAGAAGGAAGAGCGCAGAAAAGGUGGCUUCACGCGCAACCAGUUUUUCAUGGUGGCCUUCACCGGUAGCUUCAUAUACUAUAUCUUCCCAGGCUACCUGUUCCAGAUGCUCACCUCCCUCUCCUGGAUCUGCUGGGUCUUCCCCUACUCUGUGCUUGCCCAGCAGCUCGGCUCAGGGCUCCAUGGCCUCGGCAUUGGCGCGAUCGGUCUUGACUGGGCUUCUAUUUCCAGCUACCUUGGGAGUCCUCUUGCCAGCCCCUGGUUUGCCACUGCAAACGUCGCUGCAGGCUUCUUCAUCGUCAUGUACAUAAUCACACCCAUUGCCUACUGGUUUAAUUUCUAUAAGGCACAGACCUUCCCCAUCUUUUCUUCUGGUCUCUUCACAUCAACUGGGCAGAAGUACAACAUCUCAGCCAUUGUAGACUCCCAUUUUCAUUUUGACAUAGAGGCCUAUGAGAAAAAUGGUCCACUAUACCUUAGCACUGUCUUCGCUGUCACGUAUGGUGUCGGUUUCGCAGCCCUGACAGCAACAAUCGUUCAUGUUCUCCUCUUCCACGGAAGUGAAAUAUUGAAGUUAAGCAAAUCAGCUUUUCAAGAGAAACGGGUGGAUAUACACACAAAACUUAUGAGGAGAUAUAAGCAGGUCCCUGAGUGGUGGUUCAUCUGCAUCCUUAUUGCUAACAUUUUCAUCACCAUCUUUGCUUGUGAAUACUACAUUGAGAAACUCCAGUUGCCCUGGUGGGGUGUAUUGCUGGCAUGUGCCAUUGCCUUUUUCUUUACCCUCCCAAUUGGAAUUAUCACAGCAACGACAAACCAGACUCCUGGACUAAACAUCAUUACUGAGUACAUCAUCGGGUACUUGUACCCUGGACGGCCUGUUGCGAAUAUGUGCUUCAAGGUAUAUGGUUUUAUCAGCAUGAAACAGGCUCUGGAGUUUCUGCAAGAUUUUAAGUUGGGGCAUUACAUGAAGAUUCCUCCAAGGAUCAUGUUUAUGGCUCAGGUGGUCGGAACUUUGAUUGCGGCAUUUGUGUACCUUGGAACAGCAUGGUGGCUGAUGGACACAAUCCCCAACAUCUGCAACAUUGAGCUCCUCUCAGCGGACAGCCCCUGGACCUGUCCUGCUGAUCAUGUCUUCUAUGAUGCAUCGGUCAUAUGGGGUCUCAUUGGCCCGCGCAGAAUAUUCGGGGACUUAGGAACUUACUCAGCAGUGAACUGGUUCUUCUUAGGGGGAGCUAUUGCCCCACUCCUUGUCUGGCUCGCGCACAAGGCAUUCCCAGGCCAGAAGUGGAUCCUACUCAUCAACAUGCCCGUGAUGAUCGCUGCCACCAACCAGAUGCCACCCGCCACUGCGGUUAACUACAGUGCAUGGAUACUUGUUGGGUUUUUGUCAGGUUAUGUGGUCUAUAAAUAUAGACGUGACUGGUGGGAGAGGCACAAUUAUCUGCUUUCAGCUGCACUAGAUGCUGGGUUGGCAUUCAUGGCCGUUUUGAUUUACUUAUGUCUAGGCUUGGAGAACAUCAGCUUGAAAUGGUGGGGCAAUGACUUGGAUGGAUGUCCCCUGGCUUCUUGUCCCACUGCCAAGGGUAUAUUUGUGGAGGGAUGCCCGGUAUACCACUGAACAAUCUCUUCAUGUGUGCCACAGGCAGUCCCUGUAGAUACUGGAAAGUGUCAAUGAACACGAUGAGAAAUUCGGGUUUUUGUAUUAUAUUGUUCAAAGUUCGAUUCAUAGUGACAAUCUUAGUAGUAAUUGCCUAACAAAACG